AUGCAUAGAAAUGGUAUUUGCCAUAGAGAUUUGAAACCAAAUAAUAUUUUAUCAUAUGAAAGUAUUUAUAUAAAUUCAAUUGAUAAAAAUUAGAUCAAAGUUACAGAUUUUAAUUGUAAGUAAAUUUAGUAAUGUUUAUAAAGAAUUUGGAGAUUUUAAGGAUAGAGAGGAAAUUGAAAUGUGGACUUAUACUGGAACUAUUGAAUUUUCUGCUUCUGACAGAUUUUGA